GGAGGUUAAAGGGUGAACGGGGGGAGGUUGCCUGCACAGCACAAACAAAGUGAUGACAGAGGAAGAAAGGAGAGGAAAAGGCUGAAUGGAUUCAGCUGAGCUCUCAGCCAAUCAGAGCGCCAGCCUCUGCUCCUUCAGUAUCCUGGCUCAGUGAUUGGCUGCUGGAAGCGGCGCUGCAGACACAGCAGGCUGAAGAAGAGGAGGACAGAUGUUCUUCAUCCCUCUCUCUGGGUUUAUUUAACGCCAUGGACCUGCAGCCCACCCGCCGCCGCCGCUGCUCGCCCCGCGGCAUCAUGGGAGCUGGAGUCCCGCGGGGCCACAGCUGAUCAGCUGAGGAUUGUGGGUCAGCAGAGUUGGAGAUGUGAGGCGGUGGGCGAACGGCGCUGCAAACUCAUCCGUCCUUUUCCGUCUGCAGCUUCCUGUCCGCCGCGGAGCAACGAUGGGCUGCAGGCUGAGCCGCAAGGGUAAAACUCAUGAACCGCCCCACCACCGGCGCCGGGAGGAGCUGCACUUUGUGGACGAGUAUGGCCAGCCAAUCACAGUGCAGGUGGACAGCAAAAGGGGGCGUGGCCACAGGAGGCGGCGGUCCCACUGCGCCAUCGAGUGCAGCGUCCCAUCAGAGAGGCACUGGGAGGCCCUGAGGGCCAUGGGCCUGGUGGAGGGGGCCGAGGGCCAGGCGGACGUCUACGGCGCCGGGAGCUACUACGGUCACAUGACUGUGUCACCUGACCCAUACCCGGCCAACAGCCACAUGAUGAUGUCACCUGAUGUCUAUCCACCCAAUGGCUACCUCCCCACAGCAUCAAAUGAUCAACACCCCGGUAACAACUACCUGCCCAGCGUCUCCUACAGCUUGGACCACCUGGACAGACUGGACUACCAGGGUCCGGAGAUGCUGCCCUACCAGAGGAACUCAGAGAGCUGUCUGAUUGGCUGCUAUAGCUCAGAAGAAGGGAAGCCGAAGAGUUUCCCCAGACAGGUACAUGAGUCUGACUACCGUCCUCCCUGGAGGCCUGACCGCCCUCUCAGCUACCUGCCCCUCAGCGAGCUUGACAGCGGGUUGGGAUGUGGACCCGACAGUCCGCACCACAGGGUGGCGCUCUCAGAAGCUGAGACAGAUGCCAUGUCAUCACUACCAGGCCACACCCCUUCCUCUCAAGGCUCCUCCUCAUCCUCGGAGUCCCUGAUCUCAUCCGAACCCAGCGACUCCGGUUUCCACAGCGUGAGCACCGGCGAGCACAGGCGGCUACACAAGAUUCCUAGCAGCCACACUCACCGGCAGGCUCACCACUUCCGCUCAGGCCACUCUCCUCGAGAGCAGAGAGGACGCUGGGAUUUGGAGUCCAUCCCUGAGACGACACCAAUGACCCACUCUGGACCAGCACAGGCGUCCCGGUGCUCAGUGGGAAACAGCACGACCACAAUGGUUCACUUCCACAGAGCGGAGCGAAGUCCCACGUUACCUCGCCACCAUUCACCCCUGUCACCCUCCAUUGGUAGUCGCACCGAGCCCUGCCAGCGGAGGGCACUGUGGUUGGAGCAGCAACAGCAGGGUGGAGGCAGAAAGAUGGAGGCUCCAGGGCGGAGUCGAACAAUAACAGAUCUGAGUGAAGGACAGCGGCGCAGGGCAAGUCAUCCCAACAUGACKGACCCAAACGCCCUUAGAAACACUCACCAGAACAGCCAUCCGAGUCCGAGCAGUAGCAUGAUGGGACCGAGGAGCAGGGCCAGUUAUCCCAGUAACUGUCACCCCACUGGUCAGGUCAGCCUAGACAGAGUCAGUCUGCUCAACCAUCAAAUCUCAAACCGGAGCAGAGAGGAGGACUCCCUCUCCAAGAGUCCUGGAUCUGCCUCUAGUGGAGUCAGUGGAGUCUCAGACUGGAGAGCAUUUCAGACUCUUGGGAGUCACAUGGAAAAGCCCAAAAGUUCCUGUGGUCCCUUUUACAGCACACUGGGGGCUCCAGAGCGAAACCCACGAUCUCCAACGUCUCCCCGCUCCAGGCUAUCCAAUCAGAAGUCAGUUAGAAAUCAGCUGCUCAGAGCCCGAGCUUACCGAUUGGCCAGGGAGCGCAGUGAGGUCACAACAGACGAAGAAAUGCGGGGAGACGGGUCAAGAGGAGGCGAGGAUGAAUGGGAGGAUGGUCGGUGGGCAGGGAGAUACUGGAGUCGAACGGAGAGGAGACGACACAUGGCGUUGUCACGGCAACACCGAGAGAGGAGGGUAGGGGUGGAGGAGCAUUUGGGUGGAUGCCAGGGGGCAGCGGCAUCUCAGACGGUGCUGGAGCUGAGCCACCUGAAGCAGAACCGGCUGAGGAACAGCAAGCUGCUUGAUGAUUGGACAACAGUGGAGGAGCUGCUGACGCACGGAACACGAGUGGAGAGUGACAGUCAGCUGUGUCCCAGUCCGCUGCUGUCAGUCACCACCGUCUGAUCCUCUGUUAGCUCAGAGCGAAACCUCACUAAGGUCCAGAUUCAUGAAGGGUUCAGCUAAUGUGCCCCAGAACAUUUAUCCAGGCUGAUCCAGUGUAAACCAUCCAGCUUGGUAGGUCUGAACUUAUAAAAGGCUAAUCUAGAAGUUAAUUAGCCAAAAAUCAUGAUUUACAACCAAAUCUGUCAGAGAAUGCCAUUCCAAAGAACCACUUUCUAGUUGUCAGCACAAAGUUUCACCUGGUUGAUGUCCGUCCCCCAAAAACCUUGCUCAGCUCAGAAUAUCUUCCUGAGCAGCUAGCUGCCAGGUGUCACGCCCAAAUGCUUACCGGUGUUCACCGAUAGCUGGUCAGACUUUAUGCAUCUGGCCUCUGGAGGUCUAUAGGAAGACGAACCUGGGCAAUAACUUCCACAUUUCAGGAAAAACUGCUUUCCGGCUGCAACUUUUUUGAGUCUGGAUCUCAGUGAUGUCAGAACUGAAGGGCCGUGGAUCAGAACCUGGAGGUCUGACCUUAAGUUCAGAAAUACUGAAAUACUCAAAGCCACAACUGGAAUCAGUGGAAAAGAUGGAAAAAAAUGUGUCACCAGCUCUGCAGAACAACCCGAGUUGAGUUUAAACAAACAGCAACGUCUGAGAGCGGCCAGAGAAACCAGCUGGUUUGCAUGAGUCAAAGGCCUCUGAAGACAUUCACAACUCUGCUGGGAAUCUUUGCACAGCAGACCGCCUGUGACUCUCAUCAAAUAUCACAUGAGUGGUAUUUCCUGGUGAAAAGUGACUCCAUCUCAUCUUUGGGUAAACUGGCUCAACUCAUGUGCCAUAAAUAUCAGAGUUGACUCUCCAUCAUCUCCCACAUUACAGGACUGCUGGGAGUCUGAUUGCACCUUGGAGGACUUCUGCACCUUUCUCAUCAAACAGCCUCCACAUCCUCCGAGAGGCUGAUUCACCACUGAGUUUUAAAUCAUCACUGUUGCUGGUUUAUUUCUGACUUUUCUGUUUUCAGGUUCUUCUCUCUCAAACAGAGCAGAUGUGCAAAUAUACGAGGCGUUACCAGGAGAUUUCCUAUGUCUUCACAGUGUUUUCCACAACAAGGCUGUCCAGCGUUACUGGCUUGUCAUUGGUCUGUUAAUCCCCAGGUCAGUAGAACUUAUGUUGAUCAUCUAAUGAUGGUUUUCAUAAUCUCUGAAGUAAAAGCAUCAAACAGACAUUGGAUCUAUCAGAAGCUAAGAUUUGCCGUUCACUAAUUGCAUUUGUCAACCGUUGAACAACUGGUCAUCCAACACAGUCCAGCGUUCAAAUGAGUUUUGUUUUCAUUCCCUGUAGAAAUUAAUUACAAUUUUCUGUUUGCUCCAUGAAAUGCCAGAAAUUCAAAGAAUAAUCAUCAGCAAACAUGAUAAUGUCUACAGUUACUGACUUGAAAAGUUCAGUGCACAGAUGGAGCGAUGGAAGGGACAUGACUCUGCUUCUGCUGAAAUCUCAGUGCAUCAUGUUGAGUAGCAGCAGCUCAGAUGGAUGACAGAGUUGGGAGGUUGGACACAUUGAUGGUCCCGUGUCAGUAGUUGCCCCCCUGCAGACGGGACAGAACACAUGCUCUGUGUAGAUGCACAAAGUCCUGGUGAAACUCUGUCCCCUGGUGAGGUCAUGGAAUGGGUGGGACAUGAGGACAUGAUGUUAGCCCUCCCCACUGAGUCACUACGGCCAGUGGUCACCUAGUGUCAGUGAAGUACCUUAAGGCUCCCACAUAUUUCACCCGAAGUGCUGAAAUCAACUCAAUGAUGUAGUAACUUGAUGAAAAUGGCAUCAACUUGUUUGCUGGACAGCAGCCAUCUCCCUUUCUUGACACUAGGCUCUGUGAAAUGUGUUGUGAUUGGUCAGAAGUUUGUUUUUGAAUUUUAUGCAGAAAUGCGCUCAGAUAGCAAUGUUGACAUUUCUCUUCAACUUGUCCGCUUCCUCUAUCUGGGUUUUUGCAGGCAAUGUGAUUACUUUUGAUGAACGUUUAUCAAACGUGGUGAGGAAUUUCAUACAUUUGUACAAUUCUUUGCUAAAUAGCUACAAAAACAGUCAAAUGGCUAAAAAAGUCUGGUAGAAAGGCUGUCUGCAAAAAGGUUUGGCACUUAUUCCAGGACCACUGCGUUAAACCAAAAUGGAGGAUGCAGGGAGGGAGUGGUGAGCCUGGCAGGAAGAAAGUCAUGAUGCCCAAAUGCUACUGGGUUGUGACGCAUACUGAAGGGAGAGCGGUCUCCCCAGGUAGUCUGUGACGUGAUUGAAUGAGAAUACAAAUGUCCCACAACCAUGCAAUCACUUGUCAACUGUUUGGCUUUGGAUGAAAUAUGGGACAGCAGUGGCAAACUGUGGCACCAGGAGAAACACUGUCAGGCUCAGUCAACGGUCCUCUAAACUACCAUGGUCUCCUAUAUGGUGGUCAUCUGUGGUAAAGCAGACCUGAGAUUCACCAUGGAACAUGAAAAACACCAUUUAACAGCUCAAGCUGUGGCUGCCAUUAUCAAGCCUGCACAGGGUGUUGAAUCAGCAACCCAGCUGAUAACCUGUCGUGGUGCUAGAUGUCAUUUAGAUUCCUGGAAAGAGUCCAGUCCCCGUCUCCAGACGUCACAGGGUUCUGUGAUGCUUGACACAAUGAUCGUCCCUUGGUGUGUCAUGUCUUUGGAGAGUGGGACCUUCUCGAUGUGUUCCAGAUGGACACUAAUUUUGGGCCACUGCAACUUUUGUACAUUCAACACUCUGGUGGGUACCGGAGCCCAUAAACAUCUCUGGGUCUGCUGACCUUCCCUCACUGUUCCUGAAGACUGUUGGAUGCUGAGGUUACUGCCUGAUAACACCGUUCUACUGUUUGUGAUGUCGACUCCACUGCCCCCUGGUGGCGGUGAUAGAUGCAGUAACUCCUUGAAAACCAAACUGUAGUUAUAUCCAUUGUUGGCUAUGAAACAAGUUUGGAUUAACCGUUUUUGGUGCUCCACCCGUUUGGCCAGUGAGCACAUUUUAUUCAUCUUAGUGACUCAUUUAAAGACAAUGUUUACUGUUGAGAACACUCUUGUUUACAAGAAGAGUAGGAACCUUGUUUAAAGGAUCCUCAUCUCCUGGGAAGCAAAUGCAAAGAAGUGAAGACUGCAUGAAUACUUCACACUUUGUUGGAGCUCUGCUUGUGUUCGUUCCACCUCCCAACGUUCAUGAAACCACUCCGCUGGCAUCUGAAGUGGUGACAGCUCACAAUCAGAAGUCUGUUCACAUCACCACUUAGCUUUAAAUGAGAUGUCAGCAGCAGAUUCAAGCAAACUGUGACACUUUUCAUCCUUUAACUGACAAAUUGAGCCUCUUAUCCACCCUGUCGGAGUAUCAGUGAUGACAUUCAGGUAGUUUUAGAUCUGAGAGUGGAUCAGGCAGGAGUGGAGGAGAACGGAGCAUCUCAUUACUGUGAAUGGAAAAUACUAAUGUUUGUUUCAUCUGCUCUGAAGGGCUGCUGGAAGCCCAACGACUACAGGAGGCGUUUGUAGAGAGAUCUCUGUCAGGGUUCAAUGUUAUGAUGUAACUGUUCAAUGCAAUUUGUUAAAUAUGAGCAAAUGUCUAUUUAUUUUCAUAUUUUAAAGACUGGGUUUAUGAAAUCUGAGAUUUAUUGUCUAAAAGUUGUAAACAAUAAUAGAUGUCAGGGUUUGUUUUUCUAAUCUGUGUGUGUUGGUGUGUAUGCCAUCGCAAGAAGGAGAGUACAAACUUUCAUACUGUCUGUAGUGUUUAGCCAAAGAUAUUGUGUAAAUCUGAUAUCUGGACAAUCUAGAAGAACUGUCGCUGUAUGAUGUAAGAGUAUAUUUUAUAAUCAUGUUAGUUUUAUAUGUUUUCUGCUUUAUUUUGCCUUCUGCUGGUCUGUACAUAGAUGUUAGCAUAAACCACAUUAGCACUAAUUAGGAAACAUGUCAACGACCCACUGAAGUGUCACAAGUCCUUAUGGAUUUUCUCAGACCUUAAAUCAUGUUAAGUUUAACCUGGUCAUGAAGCACAGAUAGUUGCAUCCAUCCAUGUCAGGGACCAGCAAACAGUAGAGAGGAAAAGGAAACUGUCUACAGUGGGACGGACUACCGGCCUGACAAUGAGGGGUCACAGUGGGGCCCAACUGGACCAGUGGGGACUUUGUCUGAGAAACCCAGGGAGGGACCCAAAACAACUGAUUCUUUCACUAACCAGAUCUAUCAUUCAUCCAAACAGACGAGACCGUUUCCAAGCUGCCUGUAGGGUUCAGAAAUCACCGAUCAGGCUGGCCCGAUCACACAGGUGAGCUUUCAGAAAUCAAGCUGGGAUUGGCUGACCAAAGGAUCAGUAGAGAGCAUUACGCUUACGUUUGUCAGGCAUCUCUAGUUUUAAAGUAGAAACACACUGGUGGCGUGUGUCACCUUAUCAGUUUGGGUCUAGAUGAAGCCUCGUCGUCUCUGAAGGAACGACCUUCACCUGACGUCCACUGACCAGCUUGACCUCAGCACUUCACUGUAACCUGCCCUUUGUCUGUGAACUGGAAAGAAACGAUGUGUGACGCAGCAUCCUGUGGCGGUCCUGGUGAGAGUUUGCCUUAAAUUUGUCGGCCAUCUUUGUUUUGAUCUCACAGGCCGUUAAAAGAAGUCAACUCUACAUGUUGACUACAACCUUCAAACCCACACACACUUCUACGCAGCUCUAGUGCCCCAAAAAUAUAAUUAGACCCUUUUUAAGACUAAAUGGCCAAAUUAUGACAUGGACAACAAAAGAAAGAAAAUGGCUGAGGGCCCCCUCUUAUUUACAGACAUUUCUCACACUGACCCAAAGUUUUAUCAGCUGAAAUCUCAUCCAAACUUAGAAUUCGUUUCAAUUCCAAAAUCCAAUAUGGCUGCCUGGCAUGUAAAGCUUUGAUAGCUGCAAAAAAUAGCUAUUUACUUGGACUUUGAUCAGCAGUAGUGAUAACAUUUUAACAUGACCUCCUCUACUGGUAGACAGUGUGUGUACGAAAACAAUGGACAGACAUGCAUUAUAAUCUUACAUUGUUAACAGCAUGCUAGUUAGCAUGUUAGUUAGCAUGGUCACCGAGCACAGGAAUGAGGAAGUCUUGCAAGUUUUUUUAAUUUGCAACUAAAACAUGUUUAGGUUGGGCUUGGUGUAAUUCGUAGAGCCUGAGGUCCAGCAACCCAAAAACUCCUGCUACACCAAAGAGAUUCUGAAAAAGGGAAAUGCUUUUAUUUUGUUAUAUAAAUGUGAUUGUCUGUUUAAUUUCAGAUAGUGCCAACUUCACCAAUGUGUUUUAAGUAGCUAUACUUUAUAUAUUGUGCUUAACUUAGCCUUACUUAGCUUAGUUUAGUUUAGUUUUGCUUUGCUUUCCUUAGCUUAGCAUGAAGGCUUGGUGGAGUACAACCAGCGCAAAUCUGAAACACCUUCGUCUUUUACGUUUAUCUUCAAGUUUUCUUUAUAAGUAAAUUUAUAAAUUCAAACAUGUUUAGACCAUAAAAAAGGUUAAUUGUUCUUCUUCUGGUCCUGGCUGUUGGUUUAGUUCUGGUUCUGGUCCACUCUGAUAAACCGAAGCUUCCCGCGCUCAUUCCGCCUGCACGUCAUCAGGAGGGCCGUUUGUUUCUGAUGAAACAUGGCGGCUGCCGUGACUCAUCCGGCUUCCUGUUCUUGGGUUUGUGAUUUCCGUGUACCUCACUGUGAAGCUGAACCGUGACGUUCGUGACCUCAGUUUUGGAAAGCUGGCUGGAGAAGUUUGAAGGAAAUGACAUCACAGGAGAAAAGUGAAGUCAAAACUGCUUACUGUGAGUCUGGAUUCUGUCGAAAUUCAGCAUCUCAAUAAAGUUUUAUAAUGAA